AAAAAACUCGUGGGGAGAAAAAGAGUUGGGGAAGCCAGGAAUCACCAAGCAAGCGGGCCACAGUUUGGUUAACAUGAAAGUGCAAUAAGAAUUCAUACGUACGGCGGCGAACGGAAAACGGGUUCUGGUGCGUGAAUUGGUUGCUUGCGAGACGACGCCAGUGUUUUCCCCCAUCAUCGAUUCCCGGUGGCAGUGUUCCUGCGUCUGAUGUGAUCCUUGUGAGAUUUUGCUUUCUUCUACCGCCUGGUGCUCCGGGGUGGCGAGGCGGAGCGCGCCCAGUGUUGUGCGUUUAUUUUACGAAAAUAAUCUCCGUGAAGCCAAAGUAACGCUCAUGUUUCGCUUGAGCUAGGUGCGCGAGUGGUGCAGUGUUUAGUUGGUGCAUUUUCCGCUAGUUUCCCUGCCGAUCCCCCGGCAGAUCGAUUGGGGUUUGCUAGAUAUUAUCGUAAAUGUCGUCCGGGUGCUUAUCGUAAGAAUGAAACCUAGCUUAUGCUACGCCUACUGCACGCUGUUGCUGGUUUUCCUGGUGUCCAGUUGCACGCUCUUCAUCAUCGUGGCCUCGGAUGCACUGAAGCCAACGAUUGAUUUACAGCAAUCUCAACAUCACGAUGCCAACAGACAGUCCGCCUCGGAUGGGGUGCCACAUCCCGCGACCGAUCCUUACGGCUCCGUGGCGACCGAAAGUGUCGCACAGGAUCGUGAUGCGUAUGGGAAGGAGUCAAAGGGUCCGGAGGUCGGAGAAACCACCGAACGCGUUGCUGUGAAACCCCUCAAACGACCCAACCAUGGAAGGAGAGCAAAAAAUAGCCUCAAAAAGGAUAUUCUUACGGAAAAGCCUCACAGAAGUCGCGAGGAGCCACCCGAUCUAAAAGAUGUCAUCUUUUUGGAGACCCUCGCGAAGAAUGUAGGCGUCACGACUAGCGGGUUACAAGACAUUCCAGGACCACCGUCUGUGAUAACGCUGGUGGAUCAUCAGCAUCGUGAGCUGAAGAGCAUCGAGAGCAAGUUGGAGGAGAAUUUGGAGGCGACACUGAAAAACUUGUCUCACAAUAUUCACACCGUAGCGGGACCAUCGGUUUCACUGCAGCCGGAGAAACAUGCGCAAGAAGCUGGUAGUGGUGGUGGUGAACAGCAUCAACAGCAUGAGCAGCUUGCUUAUGACGCUUCCUCCAACUAUACACUCGAAGCGAAUGGUACGGAACCGGCAACGGAACCAGAGCAACCCGAGUUGAUAGUGAUUCCCGUAGACGAUGGUGGUCAUGCGGCAGCAGCCUCCGCCGGCCUGAGUCAAGAUCAUACGAUACCCAAAUCGACCGAGGGAAAGACGGAAGUCACCGUCCCCGAUGAUGGCACUGAUCUCGAUGGUGAAGAAGUGAUGGGCGCGGAUGCUACCGGCGCUAGUGAUGAAAGGUUGAAGGCACACGAAGUGAACCUUACCGAGGAGAACCCGAUGCCGGUGUUUAGCGAGUGGGCCGAAAAGCAGAUGGCCGAAGCCGAGAAGAAGAAGCAGGGUGAGGUGGUGAAUGCUUCGGUGAUGCGCAAGGGAGCAAAACCUGCGGGCAGUAAAACCGGUGGACCGAUGAAACUACGGGCGAAAAACUAUGCAGCGCCAGAGUGUGGCGCCAAGAUCAUUGCCUCGAACCCGGAAGCCCAGAGUACGGGAUCGGUGUUGACGGCACCGAAGGACGAGUAUCUGCUUAAUCCUUGCACCAGCAAGAUCUGGUUCGUGGUGGAACUCUGCGAACCGGUACAGGCGGAGCGCAUCGAACUGGCCAACUUUGAACUGUUCUCUUCCUCGCCGAAGGAUUUUACCGUUUCGGUGAGCAAUCGGUUUCCGACGCGUGACUGGGCGAACGUGGGACGGUUUACGGCGAAAGAUGAGCGCGAUGUGCAGAGCUUCCCGCUGCAUCCGCAUCUGUUUGGGAAGUUUGUGCGUGUCGAGAUACUGUCGCACUACAAUCAGGAGCACUUUUGUCCUGUGUCGCUGUUCCGCGUGUACGGUACGUCAGAGUUUGAAGCGUUCGAGACGGAUAACACGCCAACGCUACCAGAGGAGGAUGAUGAUGAGGAUGACGAGGAACUGCUCGGUAAAGACAAGCCAGCCGUAUUGCAGCCUUCGCUUUCAGGUAGCAACGGUAAUGAGCGCGAAGGUGCUACUGACCAGGAGCGCGGAUCAUCGAUAACAGCCGAUGGGAAGCGGGAUGUCGCUCGAAAGGGAAAGGGCAAUCCCAACAAUAUUCUAAAAUCAGCCGGCGAAGUCGUGCUGAGUAUGGUGAAGAAAGCGGCCGAAGCACUCGGCAAAACGGGCCCGGAUACAAACGAUUCGUUUUACGGUGGUCCCGACUCGUUUGGGCGCACUGUGAGCGAUCGGCGACCACUGGCCAGCACUUCCUCUUGCGUUACCCUAGCGUAUACUGUACGAUGUGUUAACUGUAGCGAUACGUUUCGGGCUCGGCUCGAAACGACGAUGAAUUGCAAACACAAUCUUCUCACUAGUCUGCUG